AUGUUUCCUAAGAAAUACGCAUCUGGUAGUGAAAAAAGAAAAAGAAAAAAACAGCAAGAAGAUUUUAUAAGCUCCCAAAGAGGUUCAUUAGAUAAGUUUUUUAAGAAAAGAGGUGUUUCUUCGGAAAAUCAAGGUGAAAAUGAGGUAACUGAAGGAGUUCAAGAUAUAGGUGAGAAUGAAAAUGAGGUAGCGGAAAGAGUUGAAGAUAUAGGUGAAAAUGAAAAUGAGAUAGCCGAAGGAGUUGAAGAUGUAGGUGAACAUGAAAAUGAUCAAACAGAAAAUAUGGAAGAAACAAAUGUACUUGAAAGUGAGAAUAUUGAAAUAAAUCGUGUGAGUGAACCUUUAGAAGCUAUGUUGGCAUCAAGUGUCAAGAGUGAGAUUAUAAAGAAGAUUAAAGAGGCUAAAUAUUUUUCUGUGAUUCUUGAUUGCACCCCUGAUGCUAGUCACAAAGAGCAAAUGACUUUGAUAAUAAGAUGUGUAGAUGUUGCAAGUUGCCCAAUAAAAGUAGAAGAGUAUUUUUUGGAGUUUUUAAAUGUGGAAGAUACAUCGGGUUUGGGUCUUUUUAAUGAACUACAAGCUGCUCUAAGCUCUGUUGAUUUAGAUAUUGAUGAUGUGAGGGGACAAGGUUAUGAUAAUGGUUCCAAUAUGAGAGGAAAACACCAAGGUGUUCAGAAAAGAGAAGAUGGAUUUAAUUCUGCUAUAAUUGAUGCUAAAGAAAUUGCAAAUGAAAUGGGAAUUGAGUCUGUAUUUCCUGUGAAGCGUAGGGUUAUAAGAAAGAGACAUUUUGAUGAGAUUCCUGAUACAGAUAGAGAACAACAAUCAGCUCAAGAAGAUUUUAUAACUGAUUACUUUCUUGUCUUAGUUGAUAUGGCUCUUUCUCAAUUGAGGAGUAGAUUUGAACAAAUGGAAAGUUUUGAAUAUGUAUUUGGCUUCUUAUUUGAUGCAUUACGGUUGGUUUCAUUGGAUGAUGAAGAAAUGAAAAAUUGUUGUUUGAAACUUGAACUUGCUUUGAAACAUGGUGAGGUGUCUGAUAUUGAUGCAAAAUAUUUGCUUUCUGAGUUGCAAAUAUUGCAGGAAAUGCUACCAAAUGAAGCAUAUGAAACAGGAAAACCAUGGAAUUCCAUUAAAAUUAUGGAGUUUGCAAAAAAAAUGGAUAUGUUUCCAAAUAUUUUGGUUGCUUAUAGGAUUUUAUUAACUGUACCUGUUACAGUAGCAUCUGCAGAAAGAAGUUUUUCAAAAUUAAAGUUAUUAAAAUUAAUCUUAUUUGCGGACAACGAUGACUCAAGAUAG